AUGUGUGCUGCAUCUGAGGUGCAAGAGCGGCAGCAACAGCAGCAGCAGCAGCAACAGCAGCAGCAGCAGCAGCAACUGCAGCAACACCAGCACCAGGAGCACCGGCAGCGACUGCAGCAGCAGCAGCAAAAGCAGCGACUGCAGCAGCAGCAGCAAAAGCAGGCGUGGUUUCUCGAUUUAGCAAUAUCUGCAGCAGCUGCUCCUGUUGCAUUUGCAGCAGCAGCAACAACCACGGCAGUAGCAGCAACAGCAGCAAACUACAGCAGCAGCAACAGCUUUUUGCAGCAUCCGAAGCAGCUACAGCAGCAACAGCAAGUUACAACAGCAGCAUCUCCCAGCAGCAGCAGAACGAGCAGCAGCAUCCGCAGCCGCAGCAGAAACAGCAGCACGAGCAGCAGCAGCAGCAGCAGCACCACGAGCAGAAUCAGCAGCAGCAGCAGCAGUAUCAGCAGCAGCAGCAGCAUCAGCAACAUCAGCAGCAUCAGCGGCAUCCGCAGCAUCCGCAGCAUCCGCAGCAUCAGCAGCAUCAGCAGCAUCAGCAGCAGCAGCAGCAGCAGCAGCAGGAAGAUGAUGGGAUCGCGUUUGCUGCACAGUUUGCUGCUUGCAGCUGAUGGCCUAAGCCGAUUGGCUGAGGUGUCUGAAGGUUCUGCUGCAGCCUCUGCAGCAGCAUCAGCAGCAGCAUCUGCUGCUUCAUCCUCUGGUGAUUCAUCUUCUGCUUCAUCUGCAGCAUCUGCUGCAGCAGCAGCAGCAGCAGCAGCAGCAGAUGCAGCAGCAGAGGGAUAUCCUUCAGAUGCUCUGGCUGCUCUGUGGGCUGAGUGCUGCCCUGCACUCGAAGACAGCUUCAAUUCAGCAGCAAAGACGCAGGUACCUGACUUCAGCAGCAGCAGCAGCAGGCUCACAGCAGACAGCAGCAGCAUUAGCAGCAGCAGCAGCAGCAGCAGCUAUAUACCUGAUGCAGGGGCCUCUAAAGAGAAUAUAAAAACUUUAGAGAGACAGCUUAAGAUACUGGCUUCGCUGCUGGAGGAGGUGACGCAAGAGACUGCAGCAGAAGCAGAACAGCAGCAGCAGCAGCAGCAGCAACAAGAGCAGGAGGAGCAGCAGGAGAAGCAGCAGGAGGAGCAGCAGGAGGAGGGGGAAGCAGCAGCACAGGGAGCAGCAGCAGCAGCAGCAGCAGCAGCAACUGGGUUAGCUGCUGCAGCAAGUGUUAGAUCUGCAGAGGAGGCUUCUUAA